GGAUUGCGAAAGGAAGCCUUCCUUCCUCUUCCUCCGCCUCUGUACUCUUUCACUUUCGUUUUCUCUGGGCACUGCCCCAGUCCUUAUCUUGGACAGUGGCAAUGACAAACUGGCCCACUGAAGUUUUCUGAUUUUUCUCUGCGGCUCAGCGAUCUCUGUGCUCGGAGCUCCUGCUGGGUGGCCCCUUCCUCGCAGAGCCCCAGCGCUUGGGACUGAAGGCUGAACUCAGUACCAGCUCCUGAGAAGAGCGAUAGCAAGGCUAUGACAUGUGCUCACAGGAAGACUUCCAGGCACGGAGGAGCCAGCUGGUGGCACUGUUGGUCUCGGGGUCCUUGGAGGGCUUCGAGAGCAUCUUGGACUGGUUGCUGUCCUGGGAUGUGCUGUCCUGGGAGGACUAUGAGGGCCUCAGUCUCCCUGGCCAACCUCUCUCUCAUUCUGCCAGGCGCCUACUGGACACAGUCUGGAACAAGGGUGAUUGGGGCUGUCAGAAGCUUCUUGAAGCUGUCCAGGAGGCCCGGGACAACAGUCACACCCUUGAACUGUGUGACAGCUGGGACACUCCCUCCCUCCAUCCAACCAGAGACCUGCAGAGUCACCGGCCAGCCAUUGUCAGGGAACUCUACAACCAUGUAGAAGCCGUGCUGGACCUGGCAAGGGAGAGGGGAUUCCUGAGCCAGUACGAAUGUGACGAGAUCAGACUGCCAAUCUUCACGUCAUCGCAGAGGGCGAGAAGGCUGCUUGAUCUUGCCACAGUGAAGGCGAAUGGACUGGCUGCCUUCCUUCUGCAGCACAUCAAGCAAUUACCUUCGCUGCCCCUGACUCACGAAGCUGCCGAGUGCCAGAGGUUCAUCUCGAAGCUGAGGACCAUGGUGUCAGCUCAGUCUCGCUUCCUCAGUACUUACGAUGGGUCGGAGAAUCUUUGCCUGGAGGAUAUAUACACGGAGAACAUCUUGGAGCUGCGGACAGAGGUGGGCACGGCUGGGGCCCGGCAGAAGAGUCCCGCCAUCCUGGGCCUGGAGGAACUCUUUGGUACCCAUGACCAUCUGAACAAGGAUGCAGACACCGUCCUGGUGGUGGGUGAAGCAGGCAGCGGCAAGAGCACUCUUCUGCAGCGGCUGCACUUGUUGUGGGCCACGGGGCAGAACUUCCAGGAGUUUCUCUUCGUUUUCCCGUUCAGCUGCCGGCAGCUGCAGUGCAUGGCCAAACCGCUGUCUCUACGGACGCUGCUCUUUGAGCAUUGCUGUUGGCCUGAUGCCGCUCAGCAUGAAGUCUUCCAGUUCCUCCUGGACCACCCUGACCGUGUCCUGUUAACCUUCGAUGGCUUGGAUGAGUUCAAGUUCCGGUUCACAGACCGGGAGCGUCACUGCUCCCCAACUGACCCCACCUCAGUCCAGACCCUGCUCUUCAACCUCCUUCAGGGAAACCUGUUGAAGAACGCCUGCAAGGUGCUGACCAGUCGUCCAGAUGCCGUGUCAGCGCUCCUCAGGAAGUUCGUCCGGACCGAGUGCCACCUCAAGGGCUUCUCCGAAGAAGGCAUCGAACUAUACCUGAGAAAGCACCACCGGGAGCCCGGAGUGGCAGACCGCCUCAUCCGCCUGCUGCAAGCCACAUCAUCCCUGCACGGUUUAUGCCACCUCCCUGUCUUCUCAUGGAUGGUGUCCAGAUGCCACCAGGAACUGUUGCUGCAGAAUGGGGAGUUCCCAACGACCAGCACAGACAUGUACCUCCUGAUCCUACAGCAUUUCCUGCUGCAUGCCUCCUCCCCAGAUUCCUACCCCCUCGGUCUGGGACCUCGGCUCCUUCAAAGCCGGCUUUCCACCCUCCUGCACCUUGGCCACCUGGCUCUCCGGGGCCUGGCCCUGAGCUGCUAUGUGUUUUCAGCCCAGCAGCUCCAGGCAGCACAGGUUGACUCUGAUGACAUUUCCCUUGGCUUCCUGGUGCGUGCUCAAAGCGUUGUGCCCGGGAACAAGGCACCCCUGGAAUUCCUGCACAUUACCUUCCAGUGCUUUUUCGCCGCGUUCUACCUGGCAGUCAGUGCGGACACGGCGGCAGCCUCCCUCAGGCACCUCUUCGGCUGUGGCCGGCUGGGCAGCUCGCUGCUGAUUAGGCUGCUGCCCACGCUGUGUAUCCAGGGCUCCAGAGUCAAGAAGGGCAGCGAAGUGGCUCUCCUACAGAAAGCUGAGCCACACAACUUGCAGAUCACAGCAGCCUUCCUAGCGGGUCUGUUGUCCAAGGAGCAUCGGGACCUGCUGGUCGCAUGCCAGAUCCCUAAGAGGGUGCUACUCCAGCGCCACGCAUGUGCCCGCUCACGUCUGGCCCAAAGCCUUCGGGAACACUUCCACAACAUCCCACCUGCUGUGCCCGGUGAGGCCAAGAGCAUGCAUGCCAUGCCUGGCUUCAUUUGGCUCAUCCGGUGCUUGUAUGAGAUGCAGGAGGAACAGUUGGCACAGGAGGCUGUGCGUCGCUUGGACAUUGGGCACCUGAAGUUAACAUUUUGCAGAGUGGGCCCUGCAGAGUGCGCUGCCCUGGCCUUUGUGCUGCGGCACCUCCAGCGGCCUGUGGCCCUUCAGCUGGACCAUAACUCUGUUGGAGAUGUUGGCGUGGAACAGCUGCUACCCUGCCUUGGUGUCUGCAAAGCGCUGUAUUUACGAGAUAACAACAUCUCAGACCGAGGUCUCUGCACACUGAUCGAGUACGCGCUGCACUGUGAGCAGCUGCAGAAGCUCGCCAGUCUCUUCAACAACAAGCUCACGGACGGCUCUGCCUGCUCCAUGGCCAAGCUCCUUGCACACAGACAGAACUUCUUGUCACUGAGGGUGGGCAACAAUCACAUCACGGCUGCUGGAGCCCAGGUGCUGGCCCAGGGACUCAAGAGCAACACCUCUCUGAAGUUCCUGGGGUUCUGGGGCAACAGUGUGGGCGAUAAGGGUGCCCAAGCUCUUGCCGAAGCUGUGGCUGAUCACCAGAGCAUGACGUGGCUCAGCCUGGUGGGAAACAACAUUGGCAGCAAGGGUGCCCAGGCCCUAGCGCUGAUGCUGGAGAAGAACAGGGCACUGGAGGAGCUCUGCCUGGAGGAGAACCACAUCGGUGACGAAGGGGUGUGUUCUCUCGCAGAAGGACUGAAGAGAAAUUCAAGUUUAAAAAUCUUGAAGCUGUCCAACAAUGGCAUCACUUACCGGGGUGCAGAAGCCCUCCUGCAGGCCCUCGGCAGGAACAGUACCAUUCUGGAAGUUUGGCUCCGAGGGAACAUCUUCUCCCUGGAGGAAGUCGAAGCCCUCGGCUCCAGUGACAGCAGACUCCUGCUAUGACAUCCCAGCCUUGGAGGUGUGGACUCUGGAGGCUGAAGAGCUCCAGGCAAUAUACCUGUGCUACUCAGGGCUGGACUUCUUUCCUGGGAGCACUAUAGUCACCUUGUGAUAGCAGAAAAAGAUGCUCCAGUGGCCUCCAGAACUGACUUCCCCCAAGGAUGCAUGAAGUUCACCUUAGUUAACUGAACUGGAUUAAGAGACACGAGGGACGUGAGGACCGCACUUCCGUGGGUCUAGAGAGGAUCAUCGAGUAGGACAGUGGCUGAGAGGGGAAGGAACUUGACGGAAUAUGGGUAACACAAUCCACUGGGCGCCCCGUGGGAGGAAGCUGACAGAGGAGGAAGAUAGCGUGUACUUGCAUGCACGAGCCCCUCUUCUUCCUGAGUGAGGACGGCUGUGGCUGCCGCCAUCGCCUUUGCACAGCAGACUCCAGCUUCUUUGGCCUUCAACACGGACCCAUCGCCAGCGUCACUUCAGGGAGCUUCCAGGCCUCGAGUCGGAUGAAACUGCUGAGGUGUCCAGUCUCUUCCUGGGCCAGGGCAGCGGCCAGAUUCUCUGCCUCUCCAGACGGCUAUUGUUGGACUACCCAGACGGCUAUUGUUGGACGACCCAGCCCCGAUGGAUGACUCUAAGCAUGAGAUGAACACAAGAGGAUCCCUCCGACAGUAUGUGGCCAGCGUUCUAACGGGGGUCAGUCAGGACCAUGGAUGUCAACUCGGCCUGUUGGUGUGGAGACCUCCAUAUAAGACACCCUCCUCCUCUUCUCUCUCUUGGAGAGGAAUAUUCAGGAAACAGCUCUUAGCUUUGUCUGGACUCAGCUCACCCUCUAAGGUCAUCCCACUCUGGUUCCCUCUCUCACUCCGCAUGAGGCCCAACAGGACCCCAACCCAGACAGCCGACACAAUACCUAUCCUGCUCUCCUUUCUUAACGCAAACAACAGUCAUCCCCCACCCCCACCCCAGGAUGUUCUAGAUUUACGAGAAAAAACAUGGCCAUACCCCAGCUGGGAUCACAGGUGGACUUUGGUUUCCAGUAGCAUCAGUUGCUCUGUAGCCACCGUGCCUUUGGAGUCCGUUCCUGUCCCAGCUGCAGCUUUUUAGAGCUAAUCUGGGCCAGAAUUUCAAGCAGCUCCAGCAGGGCCUCGAGCUGGUGCCUGUGGACCGAGCACUGACAAUGGACUUCUGAAACAUCCCUAACAGACCCCAUUUGAUCUGUGACAGAUGCUUUAGGACGCAGAGUCAGGGGUCGGAGGUUUGCAGGGGACGAACCUGGCCCCCUUUUUUUUCUAGGCGAGGUCUUUUUGUGUUUUUUAUUUUUUUUUCAAAAUGUCACCUUUGUAAUUUGUUAACUAUACAGAUUUACUGUCUUCUAUAUCAUUACGUGUGAAAACAGGUGAAUAUUUAUGAACUGCAUUGUUUUAUUUUUAAGCUGGUAUUUUUAUAGAAAAUGUGAUCAUGAACUUUCUGCUAUAAAUAACCACAGAGGGGAAAACUCUGGAGUUACCAAAGCUGUGUUCAUUGUGAUGAAGCCUUUAAAAAUAUCUCCCAAACCUGUCAAAAUUUCAGAGUCCCGUGUCCCACAACGAGGGGGGGGGAACGAUGUUGUUUUCUAUUGAAUAAUUUAUUGCUUAACGCAAAAGCAAUUCUUAGAAAUUGCUGGCAGUUGCAACACAUUUGGCUUCAACUUAGUGGAGUCUAACCCAGCGUGAAAUCUGAAGCUAUUCUGGAGCCUUCUAGGGUGCAUGGGGACAGCCCUCUGGGCCCUCUGUAGUUCUUUCCAAAUGACUGUAGGAGGAACUUUUACCAGGAGGAAGGUGAAGAAGGCAGGAAUGUGCUCCAGCAGCCUGCUGCACUGGCUUGCCUGGCACAAGACUUAGCCAUUCUCUGUGAGCAUGUGCAUGGUGGCUGCUGGCUGUGAUGGAGUCCUGCUUCCUUGGAGGUCUUCGGUGUGUCUGGUGUGUGUGUGUGUGUGUGUGUGUGUGUGUGUGUGUGUGUGUGUGUAUGUCUGUCCAUUGUCUCUUUGUCCCUGGGGUUCUGCCCUGCCUGGGUUGGUGGUGCAGAUGAUGAGGGAAGAAGAUGGAGAUGGAGCCACCUUCUCUAAGGAGGGAAUAUAGUGGCUAUUUUCGCAGCACCAUGUUGGAUGGUAAGCUCAUCUUUGGUAAUAAUUCAUUAGCUAGUUAUGUCCAAACAAAUGGCCACUGUCCUUGUCCUCAAAGCAGGGUUAGGGCAGAGGGAAAGGUAGACAGAAAGCAAGUCCAUUAAAAGUACAUGUAUAAAAUGAUACUUUCCUAUUAAAGUACUAGGAAGGGAGCUGCUAUAGCUGGGAUUUAAAUGUUCCUCAGAGGCCCAUAUGCUGAUGGCUCGGUGCCUGGCUUCUGAUGCUAUUGGAGGUAAAAACUUGAGGAAGUAGGGCCUGAUGGAGAGAAGCGAAGUCAUCGGGAGUCAUGCCCUUCUCCUGGAUGUCAGGACCUCCGAUCCUUUCUGAUCGUCUACCAUGAGGUGAACAGAUUCUGUUAACCAUGUUUCUGCUGCCAUAGACACACUACUGCCCUAGGCCCACAGCAGCAAGGCAAGAGACCAGUGAGCUAAUUAAACCUUUCCACCUCAGAUGCCCUUCACCUUGGGUAUUCCUCACCUCCUCGGAAGAAUGCCAAGAUCCUGAGAAAUAAGCAGACAGGAGGGCCAGGGCGCUUUCUUCUGAUGCGCUAGGAAAGCUGUGUGCUCAUGGGAAGGAGCUGGCCAGGCCACCGGAGAGAGGGCAGAGGGGCUUUCAGUGCCAUGGAGCCAGCUGCACAGAGACUGUUCAGACAAGAUCCUUGAUGUGCAGCAGGCUGAGUGACGGUCCCCAAAGACAUCAGGUUCUAGCUCCCAGGACCUUUCUUAGCAGAAGGGACUUUGUAGGGUUUCUUGGAAUAAGGGUGGUGGUAGCUAUGAACUGUCUGGUCGGCCCUGCACACUUGUGUGCGUCCUUAUGAGAGACAGGUAUGGGGGAUGGCAUGGCACAGGAGGCCUCAUGACAACUGAAGCAAACGCCAUGCUGCUGGCCUUGAAGGUAGAAGGGUGGGGGUAAAGAACUAAUGACUGCAGGUCUGGAAGCUGGGAAUGACAGGGAAGCAGACCUCCCUGCCCCCCCACCCAGCCUUGGAGGGAGCACAGUCCAUUCUGAACUUACAGGUGAUGGUGUGAUUUAUGGCACUUUCAGACCCUCUGCUUAUGAUGACUUGCUGCAACUGCAGGAAAUGAACACAUUCUGCUUGCUGUGAGCCAAGGACAGGGUGUCACUAGAUGGGCCAUCAAGGGGCUGUUCUUGAUGGACAUGACGAAGAAUUUGGUCUUGACCUUGGAAUAAAGGCAGAUAUUGUAGCAGAUGCCUGUAAUCCCAGCACUGGCGAGGAUUACACUGGGAGGAUUUAGCAUCUGAGGCCAGCCUGGGCUAUGCAGCUGUUAGGGUUCUAGAGUAGUCCCACAAAACUAAACAACUCCCCACGUACGUAAUCAGCAAGAGCAUUUAUUUUCUCAAGAGUAAAGAUUCCAGUAUGCAGGGGCUCAGCCAUGUGACUCAAGGACAAAAUGGCGUCAACAAGAAGCGCAUUCAGGCUCCUUUAAGCAAAGGUAAGGGGAAUUUCAGGGACGGUACCGUCAUCUCAAAUGUAAUUGGUUAGGUAAACAUCAGUCACAUCAGUACGUUUCUAAUUGGCUGUGGUUAUAAUCUUACCAUUUUGGGGCAUACCUGGGCAAGGCAGGGUAUGUUUUAGGGAGAUUACAGGAACUGUCCUUUUUGGUCAUUGCCUUGAGGUACUGUGGGGGUUGACUCGGGCCUGGUGUGUAUUCUCCCCCUCAUCCCUGUGUGCAUGCUGUCUCUCCCUUUGUUUGUCCUUUUAGGAAACUGAAAUUCUUACCCAGUUGUAAAGUGGGAAAAGUUCAGACCUUUUAUAGGGAGAAUCUGUAUCAAAAAAACCUAAACCUAAAUAAAUAAAAUAAGGUCAAGUCAUUGGGAUGUUCUAA